GCUCAGAAUAGUUCCAGAUGUGGCCAUGUUUAGUUAAUAUAUUUGAAGUUUCUCUUUAUCGAUUAUACUCAAUUUUUUAACGAUUCACUUCGAUCAACAAUUGUAAAAAGAAACUCCAUCGUAUCUCCAGAAAACAAAGAUAAACCGCCGAUCGUAUAUAUCUUUGCCUGAUAAAAGCUACACAAGACAAAAGACGACCAAUUAAUAUUUUCUAUCGCGUACAUUUUUAAAUGAACCCGAUGUAAAGAAAGUAACUCGUACACUCGAGACGCCAUUAAUCGGAGGGAGGGUCAAAAUUAUUGAGAAAGUAUCCAGGUAGUCAUUACGAAUUUUGAUGAAAAUUUCGUUGCCAUUGAUUUCUAAUUAAAUAUUUAAAAUCGUGUUAAAUUGAGUUUUCAACGAAGUAAAAGCAUUUUAGUGGCUUAGAAAUUGCAACAAAAACGCGCGGGCGCAAUUACAUGACACAUACAAGACAUAUACAGACAAAGACAAGCAGUAGACACAAGGAUAUAUCAUACAUAUACAUCAACGAUCGAUCACGUGAUUUGAGGGGAAGCUGUUGUGGCGCGCACACACGGGAAGUAGCCAAGCCCAGACGUAUUAACGUUCGCUGACAUCGGUGGUCGGCCAUGCCACGUCAACCAGAAUGACGUUGUUGGUCCAGGAUAAAGGGGACACGAUUAAAUACUUUAAUUACGAUUUAUCGAAGCUCACAGUGAUAUCAAUGUACCAGAAAAUAUUUUAUACGCAAAAAACGAGUGAGAAAGAAGUAAGAAACAGCUAAUUGUAGCCCAGGCUUGCGAUAUUAAAAAAGAGAUAGAGAACGUUGGUGGGGAAAUUAGGACAGAACGAAGACUUUAAACAGUUAACAAUUCUGAUAAGGAUUUCAUAUUCCCAUAGAUGGUUUCUAAUCAUCCGGAUUCCUGUUUCGUGACUCAUCAACUCCAAAUCAGGGCAACGAGUUUUUGAUAUUUAAUAUUUUUAUAUCACGAGUAUUUUAAGGGCGCUUGAGUGUCGGGUCGAUUAAUCGAACGAGCUAGACGCUCGUAGUGGCAGAUAUUGGUAACAAAAAAAAAUCAUUACAUUGAGAAAAAAAAAUUCUCAAACUUUUAAAGGGCAGUAAAAGAUAGCUCGGUCGGUGGAAAAAUAGCAGCUAAAAAGUAUUAAACAGAGUCGAGUAAUCGAACAUGGCACUUGAAAGUGUCAGCGCGGCUGAGACUCUGAUCCAAAGCAAUGCAGAUAAUGAUGAUUUGGAGGACGGAGAAAUUCCUUCUGAUGAAGAUGAUGAACCAGUGGUUAUCACCGUUAAGCAGGACAAACCUCCAGAGCCUUCAAAAGAGUCUUCAAAGUCUGAUUCAUCAAAAGAGAAAUCAGAUUCAAAGUCUAGUAAAAGUAAAAGUAAAUCGUCAACAAAUAGUAGCUCUAGUAGUAAAGUUGAUAGAUUUGGAAAAUAUAAAAAUCCUUCCGAGGAUUGGGCUGGAGACGUUGAGAAAGCGAUAAAAGCUGUUCUUGACGAAAAUAAAUCUAAAGAUAACAAAGACAGUAAAUCGAAAAGUAGUAGUAGCAGUAAAAGUUCUCGAAGCUCUAGGAAUAAAAAGAGAAUUAGAGAUGAAAAAGAAGAACGAGAUCGUGAUGACGAUCGUAAUAAAGAUCAGAAGAAACGAAAAUUAAGUGACGACGAAAAUGUUAAUGAGGAUGAUGAUGAGAUGCUCUUCGUCCGAGGAGCAUCACCAGUACGACGAGAAGCUCAUGAGAGUCCACCUCUAUCACUGAGGCAUCGAGAAGAACGACCUCGAGACUUAUCACGUGACCGAUCCCGCGAUAGGGAUAGUUAUGAUAGAGAUUCCAGAUCAAGAUCACGAUCCAGAGAUUCUGAUGAAAGAAACAGAGAUCGACAUAGGGAUGAGAAACGAAACAAUCGAGGAUCAUCAAGUCGUCGUAGUGGGAAAAGUGAGCGAGGGAUAAAAAGUAAAUCACGAUCACAGAGAAGCGAUAGAAGUGGAAGGCGAAAUCAAGAUCAUGGUCAAGAUUCAGAUUCAAUUUGUGUUUAUUAUAUGCAAGGUAAAUGUCAUCGUGGUGAUGAUUGUCCAUUUUCUCACAAUGCAUUACCACCUCGUAAAAUGGAGCUUUGUAAAUUUUAUUUAAUGGAUUGUUGCGCUAAAAGAGACAAAUGUCUUUAUAUGCAUCAUGACUUUCCAUGUAAAUUCUUUCAUACAGGUUUAAAAUGUGUUCAAGGAGACAAUUGUAAAUUUUCCCAUGAGCCUUUAAAUGACCAAGUGAAGAAUAUUUUAUUGAAACAUUUGGAAACAGCACCUAAAGAAAUAUUAGGCGAAUUUCCUAGACUUAGUAGAGAAGGUGCUUUAUUAAUGAUUAAUAAUACAGCUAGAAAAUUAGCUCAAGGUCAGGAUGCUAGUAGUGCGAAAAUACCCAGUCUUUUUGAUGUAACGUUGCCAGCACCACAAAAUUUAACAAAUGAGAAAGAUGACGAUGCAACGAAUCAUUUAGAUAAUGCACAGAAUAGAUUAAAUUCGACAAAAGAUAAAAAAGUUGCUGGAAAGAAAACAAGGUGGGGCUCUGAUGAUGAUAGAGUGCCAUUAGAACAAAUUAUGUUACUCCAAUCUGUUAGUCAACUUGGUCUUCAUCUUCCCAAUGUUGCUUUGAGUCUUGCUGUUCAACAACAGCUUCAGCAACAUAUUUUAUUACAGCAAUGUAUUGCAAAUAUGGAAUAUUAUAAUGAAAUUCAAGGUAGUCCUUCAGCUGAGGGCGAAGGAAAAGGAAAAAAAGAUGAUAGUACGAAAAGUGAUGAAGAAAAACUACAAGGACAGAAGAAUUUAGCUGCUUUAGCAAAAGAUAUAGAUUUAAGACAAUUAAUUGCCAAUUGUCCAAAAUCGUCAUUACUUAGCAUAGCUAAUGAAGCAGCGAAUUUAGAAAAAUCUAAAUUUGAUGAAGAAAGUGAUCAUGACGACGAAUCAGAUCUUGUGAUAGCAGUGCCAGCAGAUGAAGAAGAUAAAAAUAAAGAGGCUGAAAAAGAUAAAGAUAAAGUCAAUAAUAAUGAUAAUGGUGAUAGUAGUACAAACAAAGAGUCUUCCGUUGAAAAAUCAAGUAGUUCAGAUCUUUAUAAUAUUAAUAACCAAGAAUUAUUACCGAAAUUACCGAAAAAAACUCAAGAAUUAUUUUUACGUAUUCAACAGCAGCAACGAGCUGCUACAGACAGUAUUGGUAAUGCUGAUGAUAAGUGUGCAGUUGAAGAUUUAGAAAGAAAUCAAGAAGACUGGUAUUCAGAUGAUGAUGGUGAUAAUGAUGAUGAUGACGAUGAUGAAGGAGGAAAUUUACAGAUUGUUAUAAAAGAUAAUUUGAAAGAUGAGAGUGAAAAGAGUGAUUUAGAUACUCCUACUAAAGAAAGUCCUCCAACACCUCAGCCAGCAAGUAUUCCUCAGCCAGCAGUAAUUGUUGAUAAAAUUGGAGAUGUCAGCAAGAUUGAUAUCAGUGCAGAGGUGACUAAAUUACUUUCUUCCAUUAAACCACACAAUGUAACAUCAUUGAAAAAAAGCCCUGGAUUAGAAUCACCACCAAGUAAUGAUGAUAGAGGUAAAGAAUCUGACCAUGGCCUAGAUAAAUUAUCUAAGUCAGAAAAUGGUAGUGUUAGUCCUAAAUCUUUCAGUAUGGGAUCUGGAUCAGUUUCGAGAGAUCCUCGGAUGUCGAGGGAUCCAAGACAACGGAGAAAUGAAGAUACAAAAUGUAGUAGUCCAAGUAGAUCGGAUUCUAAAAAAGAAUCUAGACCUCUUCGAUUGGAAACAAGUAUUUAUUCAUCAGGAAUUAUUUCUACAGAUUCGCCAAUGGACACGGAUCUUAGAAGUCUUGAUCAAGAUCGUCGUAGACAAGAUAUGGACCUUCGGCAACGCUUCCCACAGGACUUUGGUGAUACUGAUUUAAGAGUCGGAAGUGGAUAUUCAGAUACAACACGAUCUGAUGUUGAUUUGAGGCAGAUGUUAAGUUUACCAUUUAAACCUGCUCCUUCUCAUGUACCAUGCACUGAGAUUGAUGCUAGCAUAGCUUCUCAUCCUCCUGUAACAUACAAAGUAUACGUUGUAGACAUUCCUCGACCUAACUACACUGGUUUGAAGUUGAAUAAAAAUGAUGCACUUGUAAAAUAUGAUCCAAGACUCCGAAAAAUAUUCCGACUUAGUCAAUCAGAAGUCGCAGAUUCUCCAAUGUCACCGCCUCCAGCUAAAAAUAUCCCGGAUACUCCAAAAUCACCGCCACAAGUCAGAACAGAUCCACGAAGAAAAGCAUUAGAAAUGACAAUUCCAACGACUCAAGUAAUUACAUCAACAAGUAUAAUGUCCACAAAUUUAGGACCAUCUCAACAACAAUCGCAGGAUCUUUCUAUGAAUAUGGGUGGUCCUGGAAUACAAGGACCAGGUGGUAUAGGUAUGCCAUUAGGCCAAAAUCAGAUGAUGGGAGGUAUAGCACCCUUAGCAAUAUUGGGAGGAAGUAUGCAACCACCUAAUAUGACUCCAAUGGCGAUGGGAGGAAUUGGAGGUAAUGUUCCGAACAUAGGACCGAAUGGUCCGCCACUAGGACCCAAUCAAAUGGGAUUUGAUGGCCGUUAUGGAGUUCAGAGGAAUGGUGGCCCAGGUUUACUUGGUCCAGCACCUGGAUUAGGUUUUAAUGAUCAUAGAGAUAUGGGACCUAACUUUAAUGAGGGACCAGCUUACUCCGGAGGUAAUUUUGGAAACUUUGGUCCAGGGCCAGGACCUAAUGAACCCAUGAUGGGUUUUGGACCUGGAGGUCCAAAUAAUAUGAAUAAUAUGAACAAUAUGAACUUUGGUGGAAAUAAUCUUGAUUGGCCCACGGGUAAUUCAAACCCUGUGAGAAGAGGAGGACGAGUUAGGCGGAGAAAUAGAAAUAGAAAUAAUGCAGGAUCGAGAGGUAAUAGAUCACCUCAAUAAAUUUCAGUUAUUUAAAAAAUUUGUGGUGAUACUGUGAGAUAAUGACAAAAAGGUCACAUUGAUCAUUUGUAUAAUAUUAAUUGAAAUCUUGUUAAUAUUUAUAAUGAUGAAAUGAAUUAAUUUACUCAAUUAAGUUAAAUAUAGUCAGUAAUGACAGCAACGAAAUUCUUUACUUAUUUCUGGAGCAGGAAAAAGCUCAAUUUGAAUAUUUAUAGAAGUAAUAAUUAUGAAUUUAUUAAUCUAAUAAUUUUUUAUAAAUUGUAAGCUAUAGAAUAAAUAUUUGUAUAACUUCCAAUAUUAUUCUAGACUCGAAAGUCUAGUUAUAUCAUAAUAAUAUUUAAUUUCAAUUUAUUACAAAAUUAAGAUGGAGAUUAAUGGAAAAUUGUUUUUGAA